AUGACCAGCCGCCUUCCUGAUGUCUUCCCCCUCUCUGGGGACACUCUAAUCUGGAACGAAUUUAUAGUCGAGUGUCCGCUAUCAAGAGUAGUAUCGGCGCGUCGCUCCGACACGGCGCACGCGCAGCUAGCUGAUACCGAGCUGAGGUAUAAAAGGGCCCGAGCCCUUCUCGCUGUCCACUUUCAGCCCACCCCCGCAAGAAGCACGAGCAGAAUGGAACACCUCCUCCCGAGACACGGUCACGGCCACGACCAUGGCGACAACACCGAGGGAGUGGUCGUAGCGAAGGGGGUCUCCAUGGUGGUCCUCUUCUGCGCGUCCAUGAUAUGCGGCAUUGCGCCGUUGUUCCUUGCGAAGCGCUUCCAAUGGAUCUCGGCUGACGACGCGGGGAAUCUGAAGUCGAAGAACCGAGUGGUGAUGUCCCUGUUAUCCUUCGGCGGCGGAGUUCUACUGUCGACCACCUUCCUCCAUCUGCUGCCUGAGGUCCAGGAGAAUGUCGACUAUUUGCAGAGAAUUGGCGAGAUGCGCGAGUUCGACUUCUCCCUGCCCCCACUGCUGAUGUGCUGCGGUUUCUUCAUCAUGUACCUGGUGGAGGAGCUGGUGCACAUGUACAUAGACUACCGCGAGAGGCGCAACGGCCAGAGCGCCCCGCUGGUGAGGAACCUCAGCGUGAGGCGGAGUCGCGUCAGCGGAAGCGAGGGCAACGGUGAAAAAAGCGUCACCAACUCCACAGCGGAACUCAUCGACCCCGCCGCUGCUAAAAAGCCAAAGGACCCGGAACAUAAUAAUCACGGUCACUCCCACAACCACAGCCAUAUGCCCAUGUCUAAAGGUGAUGACGUCACUUCUGCGUUACGUGGUCUAUUGAUUGUGUUAGCCCUUUCCAUUCACGAAUUGUUCGAGGGCCUGGCUGUGGGAUUGGAAUCUUGCACCUCCCAUGUAUGGUACAUGUUAGGAGCUGUAUCCGCCCACAAACUAGUUAUUGCCUUUUGCAUUGGUGUAGAAUUAAUUGCUACACGCACAAAGACUUGCCUUGCUGUGGUUUACAUCACCACAUUCGCUAUUGUUUCACCAUUGGGCAUUGGCAUUGGAUUGAUAUUAGUCGGCGGUCAAGGAGCCACGGCUGCUGGAGUUUACUCCGUGGUGUUGCAAGGUCUUGCCUCGGGGACUCUGCUCUAUGUAAUCUUCUUUGAAAUAUGGAAGAGCGAUAGAACCGGCAUCCUCCAAUACUUGGCUGCUGUAGUUGGAUUUUGUCUCAUGUUCGGAUUACAAAUGCUAACGGGCCACUCACACAGCCACUCGCACGGUGACGGUGACCAUGGCCAUUCCCACGACAAA